AUGCGCAGAGGCGGCGGACACCGAGCCCGCUGCCUUCGGUUCUUUAUUUUCCCGCCCAUGGCCGCGGUGGCCGUUGCUGUCGCGCGGGCGCUGCGCGUGGGCUGUGGCGGCGGGCGCCGCGGGCUCUGGGCGCUCUCAGGAGCGUCCGCCGCCGCUUCUCCUCCCGCCGGGGCUUCGCCGGGCUCGGGCGCGCUGAGCCCCUUCGACCGGCGGCUGAAGCGGAAGCAGAAGAACUGGGCGGCGCUGCAGGCCGAGCCGGCCAAGUGCGACUACCUGCGGGAGGAGGUCGGCAGCAGGAUCGCGGACAGAGUGUUCGACAUCACCAGAACGUUCCCUCUUGCUUUGGAUGUUGGCUCUGGAAGAGGUUACAUAGCUCAACAUUUAAACAAGGAAACCAUUGAAAAACUUAUUCAAGUUGAUAUUGCAGAGAAUGCUUUAAAAAAUGCUGUAGAAUCUGAAAUCCCUACGGUCAGUGUUGUAGCUGAUGAGGAAUUCCUUCCUUUCAAAGAAGAUACAUUUGAUCUUGUCGUUAGCAGCUUAAGUUUGCAUUGGGUGAAUGACCUUCCUAGAGCUUUUAGAGAGAUUCACCAAGUUCUUAAGCCAGAUGGAGUAUUCAUUGGUGCAAUGUUUGGGGGGGACACACUGUAUGAGCUUCGCUGCUCUUUGCAGCUGGCGGAAUUGGAGAGAGAAGGAGGAUUUUCUCCUCACGUGUCACCGUUCACUGCGGUCUCUGAUUUGGGACAUCUGCUGUCGAGAGCUGGCUUUACCACCCUGACUGUGGUAAUUAAAAAUAAGAGAACAGUCAGGCAGAACAGUUCAGAACAUCAAAGCUGUUGGAUACUGAUGAAAUUCAAGUCAACUACCCAGGGUUGUUUGAGCUUAUGGAAGACUUGCAAGGUAUGGGUGAGAGUAAUUGCUCUUGGAACAGAAAACCUCUGCUACACAGGGAGACGAUGGUGGCAGCUGCUGCAAUAUACCGAGAAAUGUAUGGAAAUAGUGAUGGCUCGGUACCUGCCACGUUUCAGAUAUUCUACAUGAUUGGCUGGAAAUUCCAUGAAUCGCAGGCAAGACCAGCCCAGAGAGGUUCUGCAACAGUUUCAUUUGGAGAUCUGGCAAAUAUAGGUGGACUUCUUUCAACAGAAAAAAAAUAGUUCUUCAUCAGAAAUAAUAUUUGUCUUGAAGCUUCUAUAAAACUUCUCCCUGCAGAUAGUCUUCACUUGUGCUUAUUUUGUGGCGACAUUCUGAGAUUAUAAUAAUCUGCACGCAGCAGUGGAUGUUUUUGGUGGUUUUUUGUUUGUUUGUUUGGGUGUUUUGUUUUGGUUUGUUUUACUGGCUGUGCUAUGACAUCAGCUGUGUAAAAUGCUGUUCAUUUUUUGUUUCUAGAGAAAUAUUUGAGCAGUAUUCGAAGUGAGUACAUGCUCUCCCAACUUUUGAUUAAAUUACUGUUCUCAAAUAUAAUGCCUCUUCCAGCAUUUCAGCAUUAUACACUGCCCUGGGUAUGAUUUCCAAGUAUUGAGUGUAUAUCACCGUGCAUUAUUUUUAAAUUAUUCUUAAAGGGUGGUAGAUCAUAAUAAACAAUAGUACUUGGUGGCCACUUUAUUUAUAAGACAUCCUAUACGAGAAAAUAUAAGCUAAUACACAGAUCUAAACGAUUAUGGUUUUUUGUGGGUUGAAAAUUACAGGUAAAAGGUUGUUUGAAAUGUGAAUGUUUGACUUGUAUAUGAGGAAGUGGUUAAGUAAGUUCUGUAUUAUAAAAAUAUAUGGGCUUGCUACGCUUUACCUACAGCCCUCAAAUUCUAUUACUUUUCCUUCCACAUCCAAAACUAGAAACAUUUCUAGUUUCUGAAUGUGAAUAGUAGAGUGUAGCCAUAAAGAAAGUUGGAUACUUCAUUGUAGCUCUUAACAAAAUGUAUGUGAAGAGUAGCAAGCAGAAGAGUCACCUGCCACUCAGAUGUGUACAUUUCAAAUAGUUAAUUACCUUAGAACUGGCAUUCUCUGGAGCUGGUACUCAUUUGGAGUUUCAUGGCUUUUUUUUUUUAACCUGUUCUUUUAUCUCAUAGCACUUGAAAAAUUAAAGGCAAUACUUUAUCUAAACGUUGGUUAAAAAUUA